AUGGCCCUUCUCCGUCAUCAACGUAUGAUCAUAGUGGUCGCUGCCACUCUGUUCAUUCUUGCACUCGUUCGACUAUACAUUAGGCCACAAUUGCCUCCUAUUCUCACACAUGUCGGUUCAUCCGAAAAUGACCAUCGUCCAAUAUUCGUGCCCGGAGUGGCCAAGGGAUGGACAGAAAGCUACACCAAGACCCUCGUGAUGGCCAAACUAGAAUCCGAAGAUAUUUCAUGGGUAUCUCGAGAUCUCGGCGAAUUCAACACCAGCAUCUACAUCAUGGACCGCAACAGUUCUCAGGGUGGUCUGACGGUACCUCGGAACAAAGGUCACGAAGCCAUGGCAUAUUUGACCUACAUCAUUGACAACUACGAGCAACUCCCCGAUGUGGUCCUAUUCUUCCAUCCUCACAAGUCGACCUGGCACAACAACAUCUUGCUUAACCUGGACAGCACGCAGACGAUCCGUCGACUCAACCCGGGACGGGUGAUGCGCGAAGGAUAUUUCAAUGCUCGGUGCCAUCACGACCCCGGCUGUCCUAAUUGGCUUCAUGUCGACCGACCAAAAGCCGAGUGGGAUUUGAUCAAAAAGAAAGAAGAACCUCAUUUGACCAGUCAAGUCUGGCGGGAACUCCAUCCAGGUGGUGAUCCCAUCCCACCAGCGUUGUCGCAACCGUGUUGUGCCCAAUUUGCCGUUUCUGGACAGAGAAUCCGUGCUCGACCUGUAUCGGAUUAUCUCCAUUAUCGACAGUGGUUGUUAGACACUGAUCUGUCGGAUGAAUUCUCCGGGCGCAUUCUCGAGUAUAAUUGGCAGUAUAUCUUCACUGGUCAGGCAGAGUUUUGUCCGUCACAACAUGAAUGUUAUUGUGACGGGUUUGGUAUCUGCUUUGGAGGGACCACCGAGGCCAAUUUGCAGCAUUGGCUUGAUUUGCAGAGGAAGAAGGAACUCGUGGAUGAAAAAUUGGUCGAGUUGAGAAAGGAUGCAGAAAUGAAUCGACAAGAGAUUGUCAUUGCCGACAAGGAGAAGUCAGCUUUGACUCUUCGAUUGGAUACGCUCAAGGCUGAAGCUUACCGUCGUGGUGAAAGUCCCAAGGAACGGGCCUUGGAAUGUGGUAGACCUUGGAAACCGGGUGAUGGAUUCUAGGAGGAUACCAUCAUCCUUUUCCGCGGGAGUUACCACUUGGCCAUUGUUGAUAGAGACAAAUCGUACGCUAUUCAAAUACA